AGGCACCCGACCUUGAUUGCAUCUGCUCCUCAUGACCCUGUACUUUCUUCUUCAACUAACUCACCGGAUGUUUCCAUGCCUGCACAACGCCCUUUCCGGAUUGGCAGGCUCAACACCUCACUUGUGGACCUGCCAGUCGUGGUUGGGUGUGGAAAGGCCAAGCAUGCUGCUGUCAAUGAGAACGGCGGGGAUGGGCGUGUUCAGAUUUCUGCACGCAGGAGGAGGAAGGCAAACCGUGCAGCAUCUAAUCCGUCCUGGGAAAACCCGGGAAGCAACGAAGAAGGUGGCAUCCCUGAAAUCGCUGCGCUGUCAGCAACUGCGAUGAGCAGAUCCCAGCCAACAAGGAGAAGAAGGCUGAUGGGCUCAGAGUCGUCAGUGAGUGGAUAUUUGGAGAGAAUAAGCACCGGCAUCACGACCAGAUACAAAAUCCGAAAUCUUGCCAUUUGUUUGAUUGGCAGUGCGCACGUUCUGGAAGCCACAGGGUAUUCGAUAUUGCAGAACCUUCUCUGGCCGUCCGAUGCCGACGUGUUUAUCUGCUCUCCCGAGGAUAGUGAUGCCCACAAAUUAUCAGCCCUAUUACUGCAUAACAAACAGUCUCAGAGUGAUCAUAAUGAACCUAUCGCAACUGAUGAGCAAGAGCAAGAGCAAAGGUGGCAGCAGCCACAAAAACGGAGACAACCACACAGUGGUAGGGUGGAUGCACCCCAAAUCCGCAUUGCGGCUGUGCACAUUUUCAAGCCCGAGCUGUUGUUAGCAUCUUACUCAGCCCGGAUCCAGGAUAGCUGGCAGGAACUGCUCUCUGGCAUUGAUCCAGAUACUGGAGGUAGUUUGGAAGACGUUCUGCAGGAGUUCGGUCAAUUGCAGGCUUGCUCGGUCUCUGUUCGGCGUUACGAGACAAAGAACUUUCUUCGUUACGCUCACAUAAUGUGGGCGCAGCUUGACAGCUUCUGGACCGCAAACGUCAUGCCAGUCUUGCCUCAUCAUAGCUCCAACACUGAUUAUUUCAUUCCCGAGGGAAUCUUUGGCGUGCCGGCAGGUCUGAACACCCAUUUUGGCUUCGGUUCAGCAGCGGCUAGUCAUGCGGCAAUGCGAAGAAUGUCCAUGCUAACUAAACUGCCACGGGUUGGUGUUAAGAACGUCAGUCCUGAGCUGGCUUUCAGUUUGUGGUUGGAAACGCAGGGGAUCAACGUUCAGCCGGUCAACCUUCCAUUCUGCACUUUGACUCGUCGACCCGUUACAUGGCCACCGCUCCCGCCCUUGGGAAUUCCCGUAUUCCCUGCCAUGCCUAUGGGGCCCAAGUACGCAGGCAGCAGCAGUUAUAAUCUGAAUGGGGCCCUUUGCCGCCCAUGUUUUCCAGUCCUCACUGGAACUGUGGCUUUCAACCUUCUCCGGGCGCUCAAACAUGGCAGCACAGGCGGCACAGGCGGCACAGGCUCAAGGUCACGAGAGAUUGGGCACAUAAUGCCACCUGGGCUGUGUGAUGCAUCCAACCCAGGUUGGGAUGCCGACUGGGAACAGAACUUUGACUCCGUGAUUGGCGGUGAAGCUGCUGAAUUUCGCAGGAAAAUCCAGAAUCGCAACUUCUCACAAUGUCUGAGCGAUUGGGAUGAGGUCCGUGCAAACACCCCCGCCGAAAGCUGGCACAGUCCCAGUUCCAAGGAGAUCUGUCGAAGGGGAUUUCUUGGCAUGCCAGUGUUGAUUGGGUCCGAGCUGCGGAAAUGGGGGGUCUUCUUGAAACCCCUCAAUCCAUCCAGCAUCGUCUACUGUUUUGUGAGUUCUUUUCCCCUUCCCUCUCCUCUCCUCAACUGUCCUGUGUUUUUCCCUUGCAUCCUUAACUGCCUGUCUUGACCAUUGGCCAGCUUUGCUUUCCCUGCCGUUGUUCUUCCCUUGUUAGCUCCGUGUGCCAUCUACCCCUGCACACUUCUCUUUUCUCUCUGCUUCACGCUUCUCACCCUGUUUGUCUUGCUAGUCUUCUUCUACACUGACCUUUAAAGCACCAGUGCGCAGCCCAGCUUCUGUCACGUCGUGCCGGUUAGCAUGGAGCUGUGGUCAGGUUGGGCCUACCGGAGGUGGGUGGCCCCAGCAAGGGGCCACAAAAUUUUGAG